AUGCCCGACUCAGAAACUGCAGCAGAACAUAACAUGACGCCUCGAAACAAGCUCGAAGAUUCGCGGGAUAUCAGAAUCCAGCGAGUGCAAACACAACAGUCUUCUUACGAAAAACAGUCCUCGGACAAGUCCCACUCUCACGAACAUGAUUCUAGUCGGGUGACUCACUUGUCUUUAUAUCGAUAUGCGGACAUCUGGGACAAACUGUGCUUAAUCUGCGCUGCUAUUACAGCAAUUAUAGCCGGCGCUGCGCUACCAUUGAUGAGCAUUGUAGUCGGAAAUCUCUCAGGGAACCUUGCGGACUACCUGAAUCAACCUGAAGCUGCCGACAUAUCAGGAGUGCUGAGACAUCAUGUCUUGUAUCUUAUAUAUCUCACUAUUGGCGAAUUUACGCUCAUAUUUAUUUCCACUGCACUUUUUGUGCACACGGGUGAGCGCCUCUCAUUCAGAAUCAGAAGGGCAUAUCUACGUGCCAUCUUGAGAAAGGGUAUCGAAUUUUAUGACCUGCAUGGAACCGGGGCAAUAAAUACCUGUUUGACAACCGAUAUCAAUUUAAUCCAAGUUGCUAUCUCCGAAAAAACAGCAAUUUCCACGAACGCGCUUUCUACAUUCAUUGCGGCAUUUGCGAUUGGAUUCAUUCGAUUCUGGAAGCUGACCGCCAUUUGUAUGUCUUCAGUAUUAGUUAUCAUUGUCAUUAUGUCAAUCUCGGCUCGCUACAUCACUCGGUGGAAUAAAUUGUCUCUGGACAAACACGCUGCCGGCGCCAACAUAUCAGAGGAAGCAUUUGACUCUAUCCGAACGGUCAAAGCCCUGAAUGCUCAAGAUACUUUCACAUCUGCCUAUGGCGGCCGUCUUCAAGACGCAGCUCGAUGGGAAAUCCGACACCAGACCAUGCUGGGUUGUAUGGUAGGCUCAAUAACCUGUGUUAUGUUUCUUAACUACGCCUUAACAUUCUGGACUGGCGGCCAUUUUAUUGUCAGCGGAGAUACAGACAAGUCGGCUGUCGUGUCCAUAAUCAUGGCCAUAAUGUCAGGUAUCUUUGCUGUAGGAAAUAUCGCAUCCAAUGUCCAACAUCUUUCUGCUGGUGUCGUCGCUGGUUCACAUGUCUUUGGGAUUAUCGACAGUUCGACACCACUCAACACAAAGCCAAGCACAGAUUGCCAGGUUAUAAAGGGCGAUCUAGUGUUCCAGAAUAUAACGCACUGCUAUCCGAUGCGACCAACUGUUCGGGCCCUUGAUGAUGUCUGUCUUUCCAUUCCAGCCGGCAAAACGACAGCAAUAGUUGGGUGUUCAGGUUCCGGUAAGAGCUCGAUUCUGAGCCUUAUUGAGCGAUUUUAUGAUCCUCAGAGCGGAGUCAUCCUGCUCGAUGGGAGCGACAUCGGCACUUUCGACGUCCAUUUGCUUCGUAGACAGAUUGGCUUGGUAGAACAACAACCCGUCUUGUUUGACAAAAGUAUAAAAGAAAACAUUGCUGACGGAUUAGUCGACCAUUUUCUAACGGAAAAACUGAAAGAGGAACGUAUCAUUGAAGCCGCGAAGGAAGCAAAUGCGCAUGAAUUCAUCUCUCACCUGCCAAAUGGUUACGACACUGUGAUUGGGGUAAGAGGAGGCUUUCUCUCCGGUGGGCAGAAACAGCGUAUUGCCAUCGCAAGGGCUAUUGUGCGAAACCCCAAGAUCCUAUUACUUGAUGAGGCCACCUCUGCGUUGGACACUUUAUCAGAAAACUCCGUUCGGGCAGCACUUGAACGAGUAGCGAUGAAUCGUACUACUGUGAUCGUUGCACAUCGUCUAUCAACAGUGAGGAAUGCGGAUAAGAUAAUUGUGUUAGACAGGGGCACUGUCGUCGAAGAAGGUACCCACGAGUCCUUGCUCGAAGCACAGGGAGUAUAUGCGACGCUAAUGGCCAGGCAAAAGCAACACCAUCUCCGUGACUGGACAAUAUCCGAAAACACUCGAGAUAACAGAAUCUCCUUCGACAGGUCAUCAAAUUCCACAGUCGAUAUCCGCCAUAAAACAGAGACAGAGUUGGGGAAUCUAUCCCGUGAGCCUUCAUUGGAAGGUUUGCGAACUGAACUUUCAAUUCCUCAUGCAACGAUAUGGGGAAAUCGACUGUCUACUGGCAAAUCGACUCGAUGGACCCUUACUAGGUUUCUUGCGACCUUCAUCCAAGAAGACAAAGGACAUAUGAUGAUUGGAUUUCUUUCAGGCAUAAUUUCGGGCGCAGCUCAGCCCGUGCAAGGAUUCUUCUUUGCUCAGGCCGUUGUAGCAAUAUUGCAGCCCUUUUCCAAGCAACGAGAAUUCGAGCACAGAAUCAAUUUUUGGGCACGCUUGAACGCUUUAGUCGCCCUCGUACAGUUGGUGGCCAUUCCCUUGCAAAGUUACUUAUCGGCAAUUUGCACAGGACGACUUGUUUCUCGGAUUCGUAUAUCUGCGUUCAAACGUCUUAUGCUGCAAGAAAUAGCGUUCUUUGAUGAAACAGAAAAUGCUGCAGGAACACUUUCAUCAUUUUUAUCCAAUAAUGUUUCUGACAUCACAACUUUUUCUGGUCACACAAUCAACACUCUAAUAUCUUGUCUUUCGACAAUUGCUGUGGCAAUAUCUAUUUCUAUUGCUGCUGGGUGGAAGCUAGCUCUUGUUUGUGUUGGUGUAGUGCCGGUAAUAUUGGCAACCGCCUAUAUGCGAGUCAAGUCUAUUGCAAACUUUCAGAAAUCUGGCCGGACAUUAUACCAAGAUUGCGCCGGUUUUGCUAGUGAGCAUCUAAAUGCUAUCAGGACGGUGGCAGCAUUCACGAUGGAGACCCGGACACUGGAAGUCUACUGCCGUCGACUUCGUAUCCACAUCCAUAAUACAAUGAGGCCAACUGUUGUGAACAGCACAUAUUACGCGGCGUCGCAAUCGAUUAUCUUCCUGGCCAUUGCAUUAGGAUUUGGUUACGGAGGCACAUUACUAAUCAACGGCGACUAUACACUUCUCCAAGUCUAUGUCGUACUUACGGAACUCAUCUUCAGCACUCGUUCUGCGGGGACUGCGUUCGCUUUCGUGGGAGAUAUCGCCAAGGGGAAAGCUGCUGCUGAACAGAUCCGGGACCUUUUCGAAAAGACGGCGGUAACUGACGAACACGGUGAAAUUGGUCAAGAAAUUGGGAGGUUGGCCGGACAGAUUGAGUUCCGGGACGUCCACUUUACAUAUCCUGGGAGGCCUGACACUUCCGUUUUGAAAGGCUUAAGCAUGACCAUUCAAGCAGGUCAGAACAUAGCAGUGGUGGGAUCUUCCGGGAGCGGCAAAUCCACCAUAUUUGCACUGCUUGAACGUUUCUACAAACCUUUGUUAGGAGGCAUCUUUGUGGAUGGACGAGACAUAGCCUCAUUCAAGCUAAACGAUCUCAGAAACCAUAUUGCAGUGGUAAGCCAAGAACCACUCAUGUACGAGGGGACAAUAAGGGACAAUCUCUUGCUUGGCUUCGACCUAGGAGACAACCUAAGUGCGGAUUUGGAGGAUCAAAUGAUACAAGCAUGCAAGGGCGCAAAUAUUUAUGAUUUCAUCUGUUCACUACCCGAUGGCUUUUUCACCCAGGUUGGUUCAAAAUCCAAAUUGUUAUCAGGAGGUCAGAAACAACGACUAACAAUCGCUCGUGCCUUGCUCCGCAAUCCCAAAAUCCUGCUUCUCGACGAAGCAACAUCGGCACUAGAUUCCCAGUCGCAAGAUCUGGUGAGACAGGCGCUCAAGAAGACCUCAAGAGGUCGGACGACUAUAAGCAUUGCACAGCGAUUGAGCACUGUCAAGGACGCUGACUGUAUCUUUGUGAUUGAGGCGGGUGUUGUUGUUGAGAGAGGAUCACACAGCCAAUUGAUGAACAUCAGGAAUGGCCACUAUCAAAAUCUUGUCACAAGUGGAUGUUUUAACGGGAAUCGAGAGGAUCAAUCCGGGAGGACGGAACCAUGGCUAUGA